UGAUAAAAAAAUUGGACCGAAGGUCGCCGCCGCAGCUCCCCUCCAAAGACACCAUGAAAUUAAACUCCCUCUCCUCAUUAUCGUCCGACUCCGCCUCCAUCGUUGCCGGUAACCAUCCUUCUCUUCUCCAUCGUCGUCCUCCUCCCUCUUGUCGUCCUCCUCCGGCACCGCAAACUCGAGAUCGAAAAAGGGACCACCGUCGCUGACAUCGCUGCUUGUCGUCGGUUUCGGUCGACAGGUCGAGGACAGACGUGGCGAUGGUGGUAGUGGUGGAGGUGGCGGUGAUGCAGGCGGCGUGGGUGGAGAUCUUCACAACGCUAAACAAGACGAAGAAGGAGACGUCGGCGGAGUUGGAGCAGAAGCUCGCCAAGGGACGGAAGCGAGUGGAGACGGAGCUCACCGAGGCACUCCAGAAUCUGAAGAAGCAGAAUAAGGAUACCAUCAAGGCCCUGGACUCCCAGAUCGCCGCCCUCAGCGACGAGAUCGCCAAGAAAGUCCUCCCCACCGCCUGACAGGUGUUUGAUUGUUUGUUUGCUGCUACUCCCCCCUUCUACUUAUUACCUCUUCUUAUCUCUCUCCUUUCUCCCCUUUUCUCAGUAUCAUCCUCUUGCUCCCCUCAAUUCUUGUUCGUAUAAUCUAUUGCUAUUUGGAAAUAUGAAGUCAAAUUGCAAGGGGAUUUAAUGAUGAAAAAUCCGAUUUGCAAGUCUCGGGAUUCAAUGAUGUUACCAUAAAAAAAAUUCGGAGAGAGGUAUCCUGUGUUCGCUGGGCUGUCACCGGAAGCAUUACAGCAUCCCUCUGGAAAUGCCUCGUCU